AGCAGGGGAGGUUUAGCCGCCAGUCAUACAGAACACAUGAGCUGGUUUUUGUGAUUUGGAUAAAUCCAGCAGAGCCAGAGGUUGCAUUGCAGGGAGUCAGGAGCCACAGACCACACAAUGUCCCUUUCUGACAUCCGCAGAGUGCUGAUUAGUGACAGUCUGGCCCCAGCAUGUGCCCAAAUCCUGCGUACCCAGGGUGGCAUUGAGGUGACAGAGAACCCAGGACUAACUAGCAGCCAGCUCAUCUCACAGAUACAGGACUAUGACGGACUCAUUGUACGUUCAGCCACUAAAGUCACGGCUGAGGUUUUGGCAGCUGGCUCCAGGCUGAAGGUUGUGGGCCGGGCAGGUACCGGAGUAGACAAUGUAGAUGUGGAGGCUGCAACGAGAAAUGGGAUCAUCGUUAUGAAUACUCCGACAGGAAACAGUAUCAGCGCGGCAGAACUCACAUGUGGGCUUAUCGUCAGCCUGUCCAGACAAAUCCCACAGGCUGCUGAGUCCAUGAGGGCUGGAAAGUGGGACAGAAAGAAGUUUCUGGGCUCUGAGCUUCAUGGGAAGACAUUGGCCAUCUUAGGACUAGGUCGGAUUGGGAAGGAGGUGGCCUUAAGGAUGCAGUCAUUCCAGAUGAGAACUAUCGGUUAUGACCCUGUGAUUCCCCCAGAGGUGACGGAUCAGUUUGGUGUUCAGCAAUUUUCACUGGAAGAGAUCUGGGAGCAGAGCGACUACAUCACUGUGCACACCCCCCUUCUGCCCUCUACUACAGGGCUGCUAAAUGAUGCUACAUUUGCCCGGUGUAAACGAGGAGUACGUGUAGUAAACUGCGCUCGGGGGGGCAUUAUAGAUGAGGCUGCAUUACUGCGGGCGCUGGAGAGUGGGCAGUGUGGGGGAGCUGGACUGGAUGUCUUUACUGAGGAACCCCCCACGAACAGGGCACUUGUGAACCACCCGUUGGUGAUUAGUCUCCCACACUUGGGAGCCAGCACAGAGGAGGCACAGAACCGAUGCGGAGAGGAGAUUGCUCAGCAAAUAGUCGACCUUGCUCAGGGCAGAUCACUGGUUGGAGCGGUCAAUGCUCCUGCCCUCACCAGGGCAUUCUCACCUGACACCAAACCAUGGAGCCAUUUAGGUGAAGCACUGGGGACCCUUCAUCGAAAAUUGGCACCUGAUACCAAUGCAGAUAUCCAGGUGAUAACCACAGGAGAUGUUCUGAAGGAUUCAGGGAGUUGCCUAUGCUCUGCGGUGACAGUCGGACUGCUCAGAGGCACCACAGGGAAGCUGAACCUGGUUAACGCAUCACUGUACGCAGAGGGAGCUGGUAUUAAGGUCAGUACCCGACACUCUGCGGGCACCGGGGAGGCACAGCUGGCUGUGUUAGGGGCAGAUCUCUCGCUGGCCGGGGGAGUGAGGGGACCAUCCCCCUGUCUACUGCAAAUCGGUCCCUCAAAAUUCCGCAGCCCAGUUACUCUCUAUGGUACCCUGCUCCUGUGGCGCAAUGCUGCUCCUCUGCCCAAGUUAUUAGAGGUGCUGUCAUCGUCCGGGGUUCAGCUGGAGACGUUUCACACAUCAGAAGGAUUCAGCAUUGCUGGCAUCUCAGCGCCUCUGUCGGACGUCUCUCUCCUGGGUCCCUGUGUGCAACUCACCCUCUAACCGCCCCAGGACCCACAAACUGUCUGUGUCAACUAGUUUGUAAUUAGCCAUUAAACUGCUGCAAAUGAA